AUGUCCAUUACAGAAAAGGUCAACUUGACAACAGGUACCGGGUGGGGAUCUGGCCCCUGUGUUGGUAACACUGGAUCCAUUCCUCGCUUAGGAGUUCCUAACCUUUGUCUUCAAGAUGGCCCCAAUGGCGUCAGAUUUACUGAUUUUGUAACUCAUUUUCCUUCAGGUCUUGCUGCAGCGGCUACAUUCAACAAAGGGUUAAUGUACUUAAGAGGCAAAGCAAUUGGAAAAGAACAUAAAAAGAAAGGUGUCCAUAUUGCAUUAGGUCCCACGAUUGGACCAAUGGGAUUGAAAGCUGCAGGAGGAAGAAAUUGGGAAAGUUUUGGUGCUGAUCCUUACUUACAAGGCGUGGGUGGUGCUGCAACUGUAGAAGGAAUGCAAGAUGAAGGAGUUCUUGCCACUGCUAGGCAUUUUAUUGGUAAUGAACAAGAGCAUUUCAGACAAGUUGGUGAAUGGGAGGAAAAUGGAUGGGAUAAGUUGGAAAGUGCAAUCAGCUCAAACAUUGGAGACAGGGCCAUGCAUGAAGUUUACCUUUGGCCAUUUGCAGAUGUGGUUAGAGCAGGUGUGGCUAGUGUUAUGUGUUCUUAUAAUCAAGUGAAUAAUACCUAUGCCUGCGAGAACUCUUAUCUUUUAAAUUUCCUUCUCAAAGAAGAACUUUCAUUCCAAGGAUUUGUUGUUUCUGAUUGGGGUGCUCAACAUAGUGGAGUUAAUUCAGUUUUAGCCGGGUUGGAUAUGACAAUGCCUGGAGAAGUAUUUGAUGAUUGGCUAACUGGAAAAUCAUAUUGGGGUGCCUUGUUAACCAGAUCAGUAUAUAAUGGAACAAUUAGUCAAAAGAGAUUAAACGACAUGGUCACCAGAAUCUUGGCACCCUUUUUCGCCAUUGAAUCGGUGGCAUUACCUACCGAAGAAGAUGUUCCUAAUUUCAGUUCCUGGACCCAUCAUACAUAUGGUCAAGAAUUCCCAUACCAGCAUUUUGGUCCAAUUGUCCAAAAGAAUUGGCAUGUUGAUGCUAGAUCUGAGUUUAGUGACAAUACUGCCUUAACAGUAGCCAGAGAAGCAAUUGUGUUAUUGAAGAAUCUGGGUCAUCACCUUCCAAUAGAUAAAGGUAGCGGGAUAAGGAGAAUAUUGGUUGCUGGUAAAGGCGCUGGUCCCGAUCCAAAUGGAUUUAAUUGCAGGGACCAACGUUGUGUUGAUGGUGUGCUAACUUCUGGUUGGGGAUCAGCAGCAGUGAAUAAUCCAUUUGUAAUCACCCCUUAUGAAGCCAUAGCUCAAAAGGCAAGAGAUAGAGGUAUCAUGAUUGACUAUUCUAGCAGUGUAUGGGAUUUGGAUAAUGUGGAAGAUCUUGCCGAUUAUGCUGAUUUGGCUAUCGUGGUUGUUAAUACCUUUUCCGGAGAAGGUUAUGUAUAUGUUGAAGAUAACUUUGGAGAUCGUCAAAACUUAUCCUUAUGGCACAAUGGAGAUCAGUUGAUUGAAACUAUUGCAGAUAAGUGUAAGAAGACGGUGGUUGUCGUGACUUCAACUGGACCCGUAAGCAUGGAGAAAUGGAUAGAACAUAAAAAUGUCGUUGCAGUAAUAUUUGCACCACCUUUGGGACAAUUUGUGGGACAAGCCAUUGCAGAUGUGUUAUUUGGUGAUACAAAUCCUUCUGGUAAAUUACCUUUCACUUUGGCAAGAAAGAAGCAACACUAUGUGCCUAUAAUUGAUGAUUUGGGCGGAGAUAGGAAUCCUCAGGAUAACUUUGAUCGUGAUAUCUACUUGGAUUAUCGAUUCUUUGAUAAGCAUAAUAUUAAACCUAGAUUUGAAUUUGGAUUUGGAUUAUCUUAUACUUCCUUUAAAGUUUGCAAUUUAAAGAUCACAGAAAUCAACCCUCCUUCAGAGUAUCUACCCUAUCCUCAAGAAUAUCUACCAAUAUACAAGUUAGUCGAAGAUGAUGUAUGUGAUCCUGAAGAUGCUUUAUUUCCCCACGAUGAAAUGGAUCCUGCUCCCGGAUAUAUCUAUCCUUAUUUGUACAAUGAGAAUGUUAGAUCGCUUGAUGACCAAGAUGAUUACGAAUACCCCCGAGGUUAUGAUCCAGACCAGCCAACCGCUCCAGUUUUAGCUGGCGGAGGGUUAGGAGGUAAUCCUGCACUUUGGGAAGUACUUUACGAGGUAUGUGCAGAAGUGACCAAUGAAGGGAAACUAAAGGGAGGAUAUGUCAGUCAAUUAUAUAUUGAAUUUCCAAGCACGAUUUUGCCAUCACCACCCCGGGUCCUUCGAGGGUUUGAAAAAGUAUUUUUGGAGCCAGGGAAAUCCGCAAAGGUUUAUUUCAAUAUUCUCCAUCGAGAUUUAAGUAUUUGGGAUCCUGAAUCUCAACAAUGGAUUAUUCAAACUGGAACCUAUAAGAUAUAUUUGUCCUCUUCUAGCAGAAAGGUAGAGCUCUGUGGAGAAAUUGAUAUUGGCUGCUAG